AUGGGCGCGCGCUCCAAUUUAAUUGUGCGCGCACCUACAGCAUUUAAUAAUGUCAAGUUUGUGGUUAUUUUUGUAUUAUUAUUACUACUUUCAUAUAAAGGCAUGUCAAUAUCAUCUUCAGAUGUUGAGGCAUUAUUGAAGUUCAAGAGAUCAUUGAAAAAUGUGGUGUCCCUUAGCAGUUGGGAUCCAUCGACAAACCACAGGCCACCAUGCUCUGGAAACACUCCAAAUUGGGUGGGGUUGUUUUGUCUGAAAGGUAGGGUGUGGGGGCUACGGCUGGAGAGCAUGGGUUUAACCGGUAAUAUUGAUAUGGAAUCUCUUGCUUCAAUGCCUGCAUUGCGAACAGUUAGUUUGAUGAACAAUACCUUUGUGGGUCCGUUGCCUAACAUUAAGAUGUUGCCCAAUUUGAAGGCCCUUUACUUGUCUUAUAACCAUUUUUCAGGGUUGAUACCCGACAAUGCAUUUAUGGAUUUACACAGGUUAAGGAAAUUGUAUUUAUCUAAUAAUGAGUUUAGUGGUAAAAUCCCAUCAUCUAUAUCUACUUUGCCUAUUUUGGUUGUCCUUAGGCUUGACUCAAACAAGUUUAAAGGUGAGAUACCCAAUUUUGAACACACAAAUAACCUCAAGAUUAUCGACUUGUCUAACAAUGAAUUAGAAGGUCCUAUCCCGCCUAAUCUAAGAACUUUUGAUCCAUCUCGGUUUAGUGGAAACCUGCUUUUAUGUGGGCCACCUUUGGCAAACACGUGUCAAUCAGAUAAUGGUAUUUUGUCCAAAAUGGUUGUUAUGAAUAUUUUACUUAUAGUGAUCAUGAUAGCAUUUGUAAUAUCCAUUAUGGUUUCAAUAUUUGUGAUAUGUCGCUUAAGGUCUCAAAAGAAACAAUUAAGCGACGAUAAUCCCUCUACCAUUUCAAAAUUACACAUGCAAGCUUCCAACAAAUAUGUUAAGCCUCCUGUUAUUUAUGUGAAAACCAAAAGUUUGGCUGAUCAUUAUGAUCCCAACAGUCCAAAACCAGACCAGUAUAGUCAUGGUCAUUCCAAAAAAGGGGAGCAAGGGAAGCUUAUAUUCCUGAAGAAAGAUGGAAUAGUGUUUGAUUUACAAGAUUUGCUAAGGGCCUCUGCUGAAAUUCUAGGUAGUGCCUCGUUUGGGUCAUCGUACAAAGCUGUGAUUUUAGACGGUCAAGCUGUGGUUGUAAAGAGGUAUAAGAAAAUGAACAAUGUAUCAAGAGAAGAGUUCCACGAGCACAUGAGAAGGAUAGGAAACCUAAAUCAUCCAAAUCUUCUACCUCUACUGGCUUUCUAUUAUAGAAGAGAAGAGAAACUUUUGAUCUCAUCCUUUGUUCACAACGGUUGCUUGGCUAGUCAUCUUCAUGGUAACCACACCUCCCAAAAGCCAGGACUUAAUUGGGCAACCCGGUUGAAAAUUGUUAAAGGUGUAUCUAGGGGUUUGUCUUAUCUAUAUAGUGCACUUCCAAGUGUGAUUGUUCCUCACGGACAUCUUAAAUCUUCCAAUGUACUCUUAGAUGAAUCUUUUGAACCCCUAAUCACUGACUAUGGCCUGAGUCCGUUGAUAAAUCUUGAUCAUGCCCAACAAAUCAUAAUGCCUUACAAAUCCCCAGAGUAUGCUCAACUUGGACGCAUUACAAAGAAAACAGAUGUAUGGAGUUUUGGGAUUCUAAUAUUGGAGAUCCUAACAGGUAAAUUCCCAGAGAACUAUAUUACACCCAAGUAUAAUACUGAUUCUGAUUUAGCAAGUUGGGUAAAUAUGAUGAUUACCGAGAAACGCACAAGUGAUAUAUUUGACAUAGAUAUGGGAGGAAUCGGAAAUAGUAAAUCUGAAUUGCUUAAACUCUUAAAAAUUGGACUUAGUUGUUGUGAGGAGAAUGUAGAAAGAAGAUUGGACAUCAAAGAGGCUCUUGUGCAGAUUCAAGACUUGAAAGAGGGUGAAAUUAUUGAUCCUAUCGGACUUGGAGAAUACUCUUCCUCCCUUAUCAGAAAUGAAAGGGAUGCUUACAGAGCUGUCUGA